AUGGCUUCAGUUGCCAACGGCUCCCAGUAUGACUUCAUAGUUGUCGGUGGAGGUACUGCUGGUAACGCUCUCGCGGGCCGCCUCGCUGAGAACCCCAAUGUCCAAGUUCUCGUUGUUGAGGCCGGUGUGGCCAACCCCCACGAGGUCGAGGAUAUCACUACCCCCUCCAAGGCUUUUGGCCUGCGCGGAAGCAAAUACGACUGGGCCUACAAGACUACCAUGAUCAAGCGCGACGACUACGAGCGCGUUGAAAAGCCUAAUACUCGCGGCAAAGUCCUCGGAGGUAGCUCCUGCGCCAACUAUUUUACCUGGAUCCCCGGAUCCAAGGGCACUUUUGACGACUGGGAGGAGUUCGGUGGUCGCGACUGGACCUGGGACAACUGUGUCGAGUACCUCCGCAAGUGUGCGACUUACCACGACGAUGAGAAGCUCUACCCAUCGGACAUGCAGAAGAUCGGAACCGGCGGCCCGCUACAGAUCUCGCAUGCGGAACUGAUCCCAGAGAUGCAGCCUUUCCGCGACGCCCUGACCCAGGCUUGGGUAUCCAGUGGAGAACCCUUGACGGAGGACAUCUACUCUGGAGAGAUGCACGGACUCACCCACUGCGUAGACACCAUAUACAAGGGUGAGCGUCAGGGCAGUUUCCUCUACCUCUUGAACAAGCCCAAUGUGACCAUCUUGUCCUCUGUCCACUCCAAGCGUCUCAUCAUCGACCAUUCCACCCGUGUUUGCACCGGUGUGGAGGUCAUCAACCCGGCAACUGGUGCCCAGACCAGCGUCUACGCAACUCGGGAGGUGAUCCUGUCGCAGGGUGUUUUCGAAACCCCCAAGCUUUUGAUGCUUAGUGGUGUGGGCCCCGCCGGGGAACUCUCCAAGCAUGGAAUCAACGUGAUCGUGGACUCGCCUCACGUGGGCCAGCAUCUGCUCGACCAUCCAAUUGUGCCCUUUGUGCUGAAGAUCAAGGACGGAUUCGGCCUGGAUGACCAUCUCCUGCGUGCCGGUCCCGCCAACGAUGCUGCCGUCGCUGCUUAUCGCCGCGACAAGACCGGUCCUGUUGGCUCUGGACUUCUGGAACUGGUCGGUUUCCCUCGUAUAGACGAACGUCUGAACCAGUACCCUGCCUACCGCGAGGCCAAGGCUGCCAACCGUGGACUCGACCCCUUCGGACCCGGCGGUCAGCCUCACUUCGAGCUCGACUUCGUUGGCAUGUUCAGCACCGCCUUCCAAUGGCACUACCCCGUCCCCAAGCAGGGCAACUAUAUGACUGUCAUUGUUGACCUGCUGCGUCCUGUAUCCGAGGGUGGUGAAGUGACCCUGAACAGCUCCGAUCCUCUUGUGCAACCGAACAUCAAUCUCAACUUCUUCGGAGAUGAUCUUGACAUCCUGGCCAUGCGUGAAGGUGUGCGAUGGACCUACGAUGUGUUGACGAAGGGUGCCGGAUUCAAGGAUAUCGUCGAGCAGGAAUACCCAUGGGAAAUGCCCCUGCACUCGGACGAAGCCAUGAACAAGGCUGUUUUGGAGCGCAGUCAGACCGGAUUCCAUCCCUGCGGCACUGCCCGUCUAUCCAAGAGCAUCCACCAGGGCGUGGUUGACUCGAAGCUCCGCGUUCACGGUGUCCGCAAUCUCCGCAUCGCAGAUGCCUCGAUCAUGCCUGUGAUUCCUGACUGCCGUAUCCAGAACUCGGUUUACAUGAUUGGCGAAAAGGGCGCGGAUAUCAUCAAGGCUGAGUAUAAGGAUCUCUAUGAGAAGAAGAAUAUCCCUUACUUUGUCCCGAGUCGUUUAGUGGAGUUGUUUCUGUGUCUCAAGCAGAUUCAGGCCCCAGGUCUGAAAACGCUAGAAAUCGACCCAAAAUACGAACCGAAUCCGGCGACCCUGGCUGAGGAAAGCCAAAUGGAGGGCUUGGACCAGGUUCCCAAUAAAUUUCCUAAUAUAGAAUAUUCACUCUAA